AUGUCUCCGAUUUUCAUCGUCUUGGGUGCUGUGAUGGCUGUAUCCGUCCUCUACAAUCUGGGCGUCAUCCUGCUCGGAAUCCGUCGAAAACUUCCAAGAUGGAGCGACAACAACCGCAACGGCGACGAGGAUCUCCGUUGCCCAUCCAUCGUACAAUUGGCCAUCGAUACGCUCGGGGUCCUUGCAUUCCUCGUACUGUAUGUUUGCAGCACCAUCGAGACCGCAACUGCCGACGGCUGGAGAUGGUCCCCAACCUUGCUGAUGGCAUAUGCAUCCAUUGGAGCCUUAGUCGCCUUCAGCCAAUCUCUGCCGACUCUGGAGGUCAUCGCCAUUGCAUCGGUUGACGAACCAGCUCAAAGUAAACCUCCGGAGGAAGCUCUCUCUUGCUUUAUCUAUGCUGGGAUCACCGAUAUCAAGCUCGUUACUUUGUACUAUGCUGAAGCUAUACUCUCGAUUGCAUCACAAUGCGAUCAAGCACCAGCCAUAUUCGUUCACAAGCAACUUCCCAUACCCGAAGUGAGAGAUGACCAGAUUAUUGGCCUGAAGAAAAUGCUUAGACUAUUGGCCAUGGUCAGAUGGCGGAGCUCAUUUGGCAUCCGGCUGCCCGUUGACUUCGAAGAAAGCCACAUGGAUGCCCACACGAACGCCACAAAAUCUCGCCUUGCUGGACCACCAUUCCCGGUUUACACCGACUCUUCCCUCCUCGCCCCGGACUUUGACGACAACUCCUUUCCAACCUUCGGCGCCUCGCCACCACAUAAGGGUAUGGCGAGCGUAGCCAACCCUCUUGAUAUCUCCGUGAGACAGACGUCGACUUCGCCACGUGGCAAUCAGCCGUCCAACUUGACCUCCGCGCUGCAGCGGAGUGACAGUGAAGAGAAGCGCAUGAUGGCCAACCCAACACCGGAGACAGCGCUCAACCGCCCCUUGCCCCAGAUGCCGUCCAGUUCCUCGAAUGACUUUGCCAAUUUUGAGCACGGAGCGAGGCCGAUCUCGGUGAAGGGCAUGGCGCAUGAUCGGGCCAGACGCGAGAGCCUGGCUCAGAGCCUCAACGCGGGCAUGAGCUGGGGAGGAAUAUCCGUGGGAAGUUGGAUACGAGACGAUAUGGUCAUGUCUGGAACCUCGCCCUUCACGUUCAAUUCGCCCUCGUUCCAUUCCUCCUCCUAUCUACCCAAACUCGAGGCCAACUUCAUGAAAGACUUCUCUUGCUGUGGCCUUACCCUGCCCACCUUACACGAUCUUUUACAGCACUACGAAGAAGCACACGCGCAGAAGGAUCCCCAGCAGUCCAGCACCAACCAACAAGCCGUUCCGGAUAGCCGAGCUGCAAUUGCUGCCACGACAGCCGCACAGGUUCAGCAAGAAGCCCAACAGCGCAAUCAACAGCAACAGUCACACAAUGGCCCCGGUCGGCCGUUCGGGACGCAGCAGAACGCCGCGCAGAAUAUCCACCGACCGUCGGGCUUUUCUAGCACUUUACAAACUAUCCCGGACAUGGACACAGUUGAGGACAUGGAAAUGGAUGACAUUGAUGGAGCUGAUGAAACGACGCCGCCGCCGAACCUGUACACUCAGAACCAAUCCCAGACUUCACCCCAGACCUCUUUUGCAUCCCCCGUGCAACAGCCCCAAAUACCUCAACUCAACACUACCAUGAUGCAAGGGCAUCAAGCCUACAGACAGUCCACUCCCAAUACACCCGUGGCGGCAGGGCGCAAUGCAACACGCUUCCCGGGUAACACUUCAUCCACGCUGAUGCCAAACCCCAUGCAGCAGUUUCAAGACCUGCAGACCGGAUAUCGAGGUACCCCGGACUCGUCCGCUCCCGGCACGCCUGGCGAGAUGGGUGAGGGGAUGAUGGAUGGUAUCGACGACAUGUCGAUGCAGAACCUCGCCUUGUACAAUGGUCUCCCGAACGGGAUGGGGGGCUAUAAUUUCGGCAUGAAUAACGACAUGAUCGAUCUCUGCAUCGACGAGCCGUCCAAACGUCUGUUCUCGACCGGUAACCAGGGCGUGAGUCAAGGGCAAAGCGCGCAACAAAUUGCGCAGAAUCGACUUGGUACGGGCCAGUACGGAGCCAACAGCGAAAUUGCAAGGACAAUACGCGAAAGGCAAGCCGCUGCCGGGCUACCCGACACCACAACAAACAUUCUUCCGCACGAAGAACCUAAACCCUUCCGAUGCCCCGUAAUUGGCUGCGAGAAGGCGUACAAGAACCAGAACGGUUUGAAAUAUCACAAAGCGCAUGGUCACAAUAACCAGCGACUUCAUGAGAACGGGGAUGGCACAUUCUCCAUCGUCGAUCCCGAUACCCAGGCACCUUAUCCUGGCACCAUGGGAAUGGAAAAGGAGAAACCCUACAAGUGCGAUGUUUGCCAGAAACGGUACAAGAACUUGAACGGGCUCAAGUACCACAAGACACACUCACCGCCUUGCAACCCGGAACUUCAACUGAAUGCGAACAAGACUCCGUCACUCGGUAUGCCCAACAUGAUUGCUGGUCAACAAACAGGCAAUAUGGGAGCUGGUCUCUCGGGUGAUCUGUCCAUGAUGUGA